AUGGUCAGCGAACGACUGGACAACGCGUACCAUAGGUACAUUAUGUACCAUCCUGCACGUGCUGGCCUUCUUGCCCGGGAGCUGCACAAGCUGAACGUGCAUGUGGCCGCCAUCCAGGAAGUUCGAUGGCCCGGUCAUGGAGAGCGAAAAUUCACGGCGGUGGACCCCAUCGCCAACACCUCUUUCAAGUACCACAUCUACUACAGUGGCGGCGAAAAGGCGAUGCACGGAGUCGGUUUCGUAGUGAUUGGGGAUCAGAAGAACCGAGUCAUCAAGUGGAAGGUGGUGAAUGACCGGAUCUGCGUGUUGAGAAUAAAGGGCAAAUUCUUCAACUACAGCCUGAUCAACAUCUACGCUCCGACGAACGACAAGCCCGAUGACGAGAAAGACGCUUUCUACGAGCGUCUUGACAAGACCUAUGAAGAGUGCCCAAGACACGACGUGAAGAUAGUCAUCGGAGACGCAAACGCGCAGGUCGGAAGGGAAGCCUUCUUCCAUCCUGUCAUCGGCAAGGAGAGCCUUCAUCCUCGCACGAAUGACAACGGCCUACGUUUGGUCAAUUUCGCCGCAGCCAGAGGAAUGGCUAUCUGUAGCACCUUCUUUGCGCGCAUGAACAUUCGGAAGCACACCUGGCGACACCCGAAUGGCGAAUCGUGCACACAAAUCGAUCACGUUUUGGUGGAUGGUCGACACUUCUCGGACGUGAUGGACGUCCGAUCGUACAGAGGACCGAACAUCGACUCUGAUCACUUCCUGGUAGCGUGCAAGAUCCGAGCUAGGCUGUCGAACGUGUUGACCCCGCGGACUGCGAGGGUAGCGCGGUUGAACGUCCAGCGCCUCGCGAGCAGCGACGUUGCUGCAGAGUACAGUCGGAAGCUUGACGAGCGGAUCAACGAGGACGCGCCUACGGGUAACCUGGACGAGCAAUGGGGAGCCCUCCAGAGCAUCGUCAACACAACGGCUACCGAAGUGAUCGGCACGACCAGAGGACGCAAACCCAAAGGGUGGUUCGAUGCGGAGUGCCAGCGAGUGACGGACGAGAAGAACGAGACCAGGAAGCGUAUGCUCGUUAAGGGUACGCGCCGAAACUGUGAGCGAUACAGUGAGUUGCGAAGAGCAGAGAAACGAAUCCACCGCCGAAAAGAACGGGAGUACGACGAAACGGUACUUGCCGAAGCGGAAGCACAGUACAACGCGAACGAUAAGCGGAGGUUUUACGCAACUGUCAACGGUGUAAGAAGGAAAACCACGCCUUCCCCUGUGAUGUGCAACGACACGGAAGGCAACCUGUUGACAGACAAGACUGCGGUGGCGGCUAGGUGGAAGGAGCACUUCCAGCAGCUGUUGAACGGUGAGGCACGAGAGGGAAUCGUCGAGGACAGGAUACACGUUGAGGAAGAUGGAAAAGCUGUGGACCCGCCUACGUUGGAGGAAGUAGCUAAGGCUGUUAAAGAGCUCAAGAACGGGAAAUCCGCGGGAAAGGACGGACUUCCGGCCGAACUUUUCAAGCACGGGGGUACGCGGAUGACCGAGAUUCUGCACCAAAUCAUCCUACGCAUUUGGUGCGAAGAACAGCUUCCGACCGACUGGUUAGACGGGCUCGUCACCCCAAUCUACAAGAAAGGGCAAAGACUCGAUUGUGCCAACUAUCGAGGCAUCACAAUCCUCAACGCAGCGUACAAAGUACUCUCCCGCAUCCUGUGGAGCAAGCUGAGACCGAUGAUCGAGACCUUUGUCGGCGAAUACCAGUGCGGUUUUCGAGCGGGUCGGUCAACGACGGAUCAGAUGUUCACUCUGCGACAAAUCCUCGACAAGUUCCGGGAGUACAACCUGCAAACACACCAUUUGUUCAUCGACUUCAAAGCGGCGUACGAUUCGGUCAAAAGAAACGAACUUUGGAAGAUUAUGGUAGAACACGGCUUUCCGGCGAAGCUUAUAAGAUUGAUUCGUGCAACGCUCGACGGAGCAAAAUCAAGCGUGCGAAUAGCCAACGAGACAUCUGAAGCUUUCGUUACGUUGGAUGGAUUGAAGCAGGGCGAUGCUCUCUCGAACUUACUGUUCAUCAUAGCGUUGGAGGGUGCUGCGCGAAGGGCAGGCGUGCAAAGAAACGGAACACUCAUCACUAAAUCGCACAUGCUGCUUGGAUACGCUGACGACAUCGACAUCAUUGGUAUCGACCGUCGUUCAGUGGAGGAGGCGUUCGUCCCUUUCAAGCGGGAAGCUGCGAAGAUCGGACUGACCAUUAACACUGCCAAGACCAAGUAUCUGGUUGCUGGCAGAGCGCGUGGCAGUGCAGGUGAUGGUGUUUCGGAGGUGGAAAUAGAUGAAGAAAGAUAUGAGAUGGUGGAUGAAUUUGUAUAUCUUGGUACACUCGUGACGUGCGACAACGAUGUGAGCUGCGAAGUGAAACGGCGGAUUAGUGCUGCAAACAGGGCCUUCUACGGUCUUCGUAGCCAGCUAAGGUCCCGCAGCCUAAGGACGCCUACGAAAAUCACGCUGUACAGGACCUUGAUACUCCCUGUAGCUCUUUACGGUCACGAGUCGUGGACGCUAAAGGAGGCUGUCCAGAGAGCACUUGGGGUCUUCGAGCGGAGAAUCCUGCGUUCUAUCUUCGGCGGCAAGCAAGUAGGAGACCGGUGGCGCAGGCGCAUGAACUUCGAGCUGUACCAAGACUACAAACAUGCUGAUAUCGUAAAAGUCAUCAAGCACGACAGGCUGAAGUGGGCUGGACAUGUAGCCAGAAUGUCGGACGAGCGGGCGGCUAAAACGAUAUUCAGUCUGCCACAAACAACAUCACCUGGACCUUCUGCCAGCAACAGUGACAUCAACAGCAACACCAUCAACACCCACCCAGAGUUUGGGUUGGAGGUCAUCGUCGUCGCCAUCACCAACACCAUUCAGCUCUCAGCAUCCAGUGGCAACGUCAUCAGCAUCCUUUGUUGGCGCCAGGAGAUUGUGUAA